GCCGCAUAACUUGCAAUAUAAAAGAACACAUUCGGAGACUAAACCAUCAACCCUCUCACAGCAAAAUACGGAGUAGCAAAUAUUUGUAAACGAAAUACAAAAUGCUCUCUCACAAGAAAUGUUGGUCACAGAGCACCUUGGCCAUUAUGCGUAAGAGUCGCAAGGUAUACAAUUUGCGAACAUGGUGAAUAUAUUACCUAUAGGGAGCAUAACACACAUUAUGCAGGGUGGUCAAAUCGAUGCUAUUGGUUCUUGACUUGAAUGGCAAGUUUGGCAUAAGUCGCAAUACUUAACCAGCCUCUCGCCUGUUAGAGUUUUUGUACAAGAUGAGCUCACUACCGGCAAAUGGAAUAGACUUUCUGAGAAACAUUGGGUGUUCUCUGCUUCUACCCAAAUUAAGAGACGAGUGUAGACGGUUUGAGAUCCUAUGAUUAUCCCUCAGGUACCGUAUAUAUUCCAAUGGUCGGACAAGAAAGCAUCGGCUGCUACUGAUUUCACGAUUUGAGCAUAGAUAUGGUUGGAUUGGGGGCUAAUAAUCGACAUGGAUCAUGAAAAGGUCCAGGAGAAAUCGGAUGAUACGUUAACAAUCGUAUGAGAGGCCAUCGUACUAACCAAUGGUCCUUUGAAGUGUUGUGUAAUGUGUACGGAAGAAAUGACAGACAAUUUGAUAUAGGGCGUUAUUAGGCUGCCCACAACCCAGGGUUGAAUAAGGGUAAUUUAAUCUAUUCACCCCAAAAAGCAUAGCAACCCAUGUAUUUGGGAACGGGAGGAAGGGACUCUUUUGAGUGGGACUAUUGACGCUGCUUUUCCACUGAAUGCUGGAGCAACAAUAAAUCCGCAGAAGCUCCUUUUGACGUAUCCACAGCUGGCAGCCAUGCGACAGCCUUCUGCAGCAAAUUCGUGUGGUCCGCAAGCGAGCGUGGUGUGGACGUCCUGGAGUGCCGCUAGGUCUUUCGGUGAAACAGAAGGCCAGCUCUUUCGCUGGCUAAAAUUGAAAAAAUGAACAUUUUUAAUACUUACGAAAAAAUAUUUUUUGACAUCGAAAUGUUUGAUUUUUUAAAUUAUAACUAUUGGAAAAAAUAAAAUUGUCAUAUGUGAUAAUAAAAGUAAGGAUCUAUACAUUUAUUUUAAAAAAAAUGUGCGGAGUGAAUAUAUUGAUGGUACUGGGUUGUAGAGAAAAGCUAAUUGACUGAAUGAAUACGUAUAAAAUGUUGUUAAAUUUGAUUUAUUGACGGGAACGGGUUGCGGUUAGCCUUAGGGUUGAGAUUAUGGGUGAGUUUUAAUAAUUCGUUUUUGAAAAAAAAAACAUUAUUAUGGGUUUUCUGAACCCGAGACCUAAUUCUUGUGGCACUCCCUUGCUACCGGUCGAGCUACGCCCACCGGUAAUAAUUCGUUUUUGGGUUGGGCUAAUAUGGGUUUUCUGAACUGGACAUUAUUAUUAUUACUACCUUCGUCUCACUAUGUUUGGGACAAAGAGGCGUGACACAACUUUAAAAAAAAUGGAAUUGUGUGAUUAAUAUUGAAUUGAUAAAAUGUAAAUAAAAUAAGAAUGAAUUGUAACCACUCAAAUAUUACCAAUAUGGUGUAAGACAAACUUAAUAAGACAGACCAAAAAAAGUAAAAUCGGACAAAGUUAGGAGAAUUAUUAAUUAAAAACUGGGAUGGGCUAUCCAAGAUAGAUACUCAAAUGGUCGUUUGAUAACAUCGUUUUUUGGCUUAUCAUGCUUAUCAGCUAACUUUUUCACCAAACGUGAAUUUUUUGUUUUCGUGCGCUAAAUUGUGUAAUAAUAAAAAAAAGUAAGGUUGUAGUUACUUUUCUGGUUGUAUUGGUUGAAGUUACUGUAGAUGACCAAUUUAGUUAUUUUUACAUAUAAUUUUUAUUAAUAAAAUAUAUUAUUAUUUUUUUCUUAAAUCAAUAGAAUCAGCCAAUGUAGUCAGUUCAACCAGAACUUCAUAAAUUUCAGCAGAAUCAGCCGAUUUUUAUGUUACCAAACGGGUUCUAAAUAUUACAAGUAUUAUUACUACGAAUUACUAUCGUAUUUAAAAAAUUGACAUGGGCCGUUCAAAAUGAGUAUUACUGUUAUUGUUGUUGUUAUUAUUGUUAUCAAUUAGCAAAUCCUCUUCAAAUCCUCUUCAAAAACAAAAUAAUGUUAACAAAUCAAAUGAUGUAAUCAUUACUUAAUUUAUGUUUUGUGCAUCGGAAUUGUUCAUAUUCCAAGCCGUUGACACAUUUCUCAUAAUUUAAAGGAGUGUUUGUGUUUGUGUGAUACAUGGUUAGAAUACCUUUGGUCAAUGUUCAUCCUAUAAUUCAUAACAAUGUGAAAGAGAAUUAGAGUGAGGAACAAACGUGUUAAGUGUAUACCCAAAAGAUGAGAGGCGAAGAAAGUAAAUUGUUCGGAGAAUUUUUUAUUGUUUCUCGGUCAUCGUAAUCAUUCGAAUCAUCAAAUAAGGAAACUUUGGACACAACAAUAUAGCAUUCACUUGACGAUUUAAAGAUUGUUGAAACAGGGGCCACUAAACAUGGGAAAGAAAGUUUAGGUCUAUCGAUGAGAAUGAAGUGAAAUGGGAUGAAAAUGAAUAAUGGUCUACAAAUGAAAUUGUAAAAAUACAUGUGUGGCCAUCCAAUAUGAUAAUUAUUAUCUUUAUCAUCGCUAUUAUUGUCAUGCUUAGUAUAUUACACUAUAUCAUAUUAUAAUUAUUAAACUAUUCUUAUUAUAAUUUUAUCAAUCGUUGAUGUUAUUCUUGAUCGUUGAUGUAAACAACUUUACAUGAUAUGAUUAUUUUUGUACCGUGCAUCGCACGGGUGAAAAUCUAGUAAUAUUAAUACGUAGUAGAUUUUACUACAUACAUCAAGAGACACAUGACCGAUACAAACUUAGCUUACAUAGUUCUACGUGUCUUUCCUUUAAUUUUACAUUUACACAUGCAUCUAUUUGUUUUGAAUAAAUUAUACUGAAGGAAUGCGAAACUAGGCUCACUGAGUUUCAUUUAAAAUAAAGGUAGACUUUUAAGACUUACUAUUAAAUAUAUUGUUAAUGACAAUUUUAAGUAUCGAUAAGUUUAUACAUACUACAUGACUAAUUAGUACCCAAAUAUGUACACAUUUACUAAUAAAUUUAAUUAAUAAUUUUGUAGUAUAUCAUGGCAAAUAUAAGCAAAAGAGAAUUUGACUUGUCCGGUCAAAAAUAUUUGGAAUGGAAUGUGGAAGACCAGCAACAAAAGGUCCUUUUACCUAAAGCUCAGUACGACUGGAUCAAUCUAAGAUUCCAGGACUUUAAAUCUAUCAGUGACUAUAACUUUGCUAUGUCCCAUAUAACAUCCAAACUAAAGUUAUGUGGACAAAAAGUCACUGACACUGAUAUGUUAGAGAAAACAUUUUCCACUAUGCAUAUUUCUAAUAUGUUGCUCCAAUUGCAAUAUAGAGAAAAGGGUUUUAAAAAGUACUCUGACCUAAUACCAGUAUUGCUGGUAGCUGAGCAAAAUAAUGACCUUUUGAUGAAGAACCACAAUUUGUGAUCCAUCGAUUCUAGUUCUUCUGUUUAUGGUCCAUCUGGCCAUAAUUUAGCCACUGAAUCAAAUGCAAAACACAGUGGCAUUGGAAGGCAUUAUUUUGGACAAUGUCAUUAUGGAUGAUGCUUUUGCCAUAAAUCAAAAUGCUACAAAAUAAAAUAUUAGACUCCUGAUAUUGUAAAAUACUAGUUUUAUGUACUUUAUCUCUCUUCCCC